GCCGGCACUGCGCAGCGCUCACACACACACAUACACUCAGUUGCACACAAACACUCUGAGUAUCACGCAUACUCUCUCAUCACACUCCCAAGCUGCUUAACAGGCAGGAAAAACACUGAGUGUGACUGAGUCCGCAGGACAGGACAGGACGGAGAGGACGUGAAGAACGAGCGAAGACCCAACAGGGUUGUUCAUUCCUCUGUCUUUUACCUCAGAGCAACAGUUUAGCUGCUGUCAUCUCCGGAGGUCCAUAGCUUCAGGGAGCUCUUCGCAGACGGCUCCCAUCUCCCAAAAAAAAAAAAAAAAAAAAAAAAAAAAAGAGGAAGGAAAGGCAGCAAGGGCAGAGGCAAGGGCAAUUCUCUCCCGGAGCUUGUCGUGGACGUCCUCCCAAUGUCCUCAUGAAAACGGGCAGAAACCUGCAUGAGGUCUGGGCUAAAAGAUGGCACGGCGGGUAAGGGGGGAAGGCUCCCCGAAAAAGACAUCUCUCAACCUGGUGGCAGGGUUCCACCACUACCUGCGAGAUGAGCAGGAGGCGGUGCAGAAAAGGACGUUCACAAAAUGGAUCAAUUCCCACUUGGCAAAGCAUGUCCCUCCCUUUGAGGUGAAAGACCUGUUUGACGACAUCAAGGAUGGUGUGAUGCUGCUGGCCCUCCUGGAAGUCCUCUCUGGACAAAAGCUGCCAUGUGAGCAGGGCAAGAAGCUAAAGAGGAUUCACUGGCUCGCCAACAUUGGUACAGCCCUCAAGUUCCUGGAGGGUAGAAAAUCUGCCUACAGAGGAUCUCCGAUUAGGUUAGUAAACAUCAACUCUACCGACAUCGUGGACGGACGCCCGUCGAUUGUCCUGGGUUUGGUGUGGACGAUCAUCCUGUAUUUCCAGAUUGAAGAGCUAACCAGCAGUCUACCAGAACUUCAAGCCUUUUCCAGCAGUAAUUCCUCGCUGGACAGCUCCACCAGCAGCACUGACACCACCAGCCCACCUGUCAAACGGAGACCUCUGCCUCCUCUGCAGGGGGGCGCCAGAAAAGCCUUACUCAGAUGGGUUCAGCAGACAGCCACCAAAUGUUUAGGGCUUGAUGUGAAGGACUUUGGCCCCAGCUGGCGCACCGGUUUAGCCUUCUUUGCUGUUAUCCGUGCCCUCCGGCCUGAUCUGGUAGACAUGGAGCGUGUAUGGAGAAGGCCAAAUCGAGAGAAUCUGCAAGAAGCGUUCCUUUUGGCAGAGACCGAGUUGGGCAUUCCACAGCUUCUCGAUCCAGAGGAUGUGGACGUAGACAAGCCCGAUGAGAAAUCUGUGAUGACUUACGUCGCCCAGUUCUUGAAGCAUCAACCCAUCAGAAAGCAGAGCGUCUCAGAAGGACAGCCCGAAGAAGUGCAUGAUCUUGCUCCUCGGGACAUAGAGGAAAUGUUUGAGAGAGAACAGCGAAAGAGCCAGAGGGAACUGAAAAUGUGGCUCGAACAGUUGGAGAAAGAGGCAGUGCACGCUCAGGAGACUGAGGGCAGCCUUGCUCAACAGUACCAGUUGUUCAAAAGCCUGCAAGUUCAGCUGGAGAUGAAGCGGAAGCAGGUGGAGGGAGCUUUGCAGUCCACACAGAGGGACGGGAUACUGACUGUGGAUCAGGCUCUGGUCAAACAGGCCUGGGAAAGGGUCUCCAACAGGCUCCUGGAUUGGCAUCUUGAGCUGGACAGAUCCCUGCCAGCUCCUCUGGGGACAGUCGGGGAAUGGCUACAUGAGGCUGAAGGAGCCCUGCGACAAGAGAUUACUGUCCAGCAGGCUCAUGAUAUCACAGCUAAUACUGUACACAGAGCUCUGGAGCAACACAAGGAUGUGUUGAGGAGCCUGGAGAGUCACCAGCAGAUUUUUCAGAGAAUCCAUAAGGACAGAAGCGUUGACGGCGUUCCUGUCCCACAGGAUCAGCUCCAAGACAUGGCGGAGCGGAUGAACUUUGUUUCUACAUCCUCCAGCGUCCAUUUGGCCAGAAUGGAGUUUCUGGAGAACAAACACCACAUGCAGGCCUUCCUCUCACUGGCCGAGUCCAGGUUGAAAUCCUGGAUCAUCAAAUACGGCCAUCAGGAAUCUGUGGAGCUCAUGCUCAACAACUAUGUUUCAUUUGUGGAGAAGCAUCAUUUCUUUGAAAAUUACGAGGCAUUGUUCCAGUCGCUAAAACAGUCUGCUGAGGCCUACGUCAGUGUGGACAGCUCAGCGGACGAGGGCGAGACGGGAGUGCGCCGGUUUAUGCGGGAAGUGGUGACCCAGUGGAGGAGUCUGUCGAUGGAAGUGCGCAGUGUGAGGAGCAUGCUGGAGGAGGUCCUGUCUAACUGGGAAAGGUACGCAGCCACCGUGGCCUCCUUGCAGGCCUGGCUGGAGGAUGCAGAAGAAGCUCUGAGCCAGCCAGAGACCUUUAAACAGGAGUUUUUCAGGAAUCUCAGCCACUGGAUGGAUCAGCACGCAGCCAUGAACGACGCUGGGAAUUUUCUCAUCGAGACGUGUGAUGAGACCGUGUCGCUCGAUCUCAAGCAGCAGCUUCUUCUGUUAAACGGACGAUGGAGAGACCUUUUCCUCAAAGUCAAACAAUAUGCUCAUUCAGAUGAGUUAGAAAAGUGGAGAAAAGACCACCUAAAGGCCGUGUGGACCCUGAAAGAGCUGCUGGAGACGGCAGAGGCCAAGCUGAACGCUCCUGUUCAGGUGUCCUUCCUCGCCGUUAGAACCUUCCUGCAGGACGUCGAGAGCACUAAGCAAAAGGUCGUUUCCAUGGAGACGCAAUACAAGCUGGCUGCCCGCAGCGCUCAGCUCCUCGCCAAGGAUGCACCCCAGGACGAAGCUACCAGGGUCAUGGCGGCCGUGGCAAAGGCUAAAGCUCAGCUCAGCAAGGUGAGAGAGCGGUGUCCCUCCCUGGUGAGGGAGUGCCACAUCCUGCUUCCGCUGUUGGAGGAGAUGGAGAAACACAUGGCUGGUUUCUAUCAGGCCCUGGAACGGGCGAGUCGGAUCACGGCUGAUGUGAGGGACUCGGAGGCACCUGGCCAACAGAAACACAAGCUGCAGGAUCUGCUGAGCCAGCAGCAAAGUUGCAAACGGUGUCUCUCAGUGAUCGAAAGAAAUCACCACACGCUGCAGAGAGCGCUCGGCAACAGUAAGGUGCUCCGAAACUUCGACACGUCUGUGCUGCAAAAGAGAGUUUCGGAAAUCCAAGCAUCAUCACAGGCUUUGCUUAAGGAGGUCGGGGAAUGGAGGAGGCGGGAGGAGGCCAAUAACUGCCUGAGGAGGAGGUUUGAGGAAUCACGGCAUGAGCUGGAGAGAGUGCUGAAGAAAGCUCAGAGCUGCUUGAAGGAGACCGGAGACGCUGAGGAAUUACUGAGGAAACACACCGAGUUUUUCGGCCAGCUGGACCAGCGGGUGCUCAGUGUGUUCUUGAAAGCCUGCGAUGAGCUGACGGACAUCCUGCCUCAGGAGGAGCAGCAGGGUCUGCAGAGCACUGUUCGUAGACUGCAUAAGCACUGGAAGGACCUUCAGACAGAGGUUCCCUCUCACCUUCUUCGACUAAAAGUGGACGUGGAGAGGAAUCGAGUGGCCUUGAUUCUCCAAGACUGCAGAGCCGAGCUGGAAAGAGAGAUGCAGGCCCUGUCAGGCACCUGCACCAGUGAGCGGGUGAUCAGAGAGCACAGAACAUUCUUCAGGGAGCGCAAACCUCUGAGUUUGUGCGAGAAAAGAAUCAGAAACAUGGAGGACCUGUGUCAUAAGUUGCCAGACAACGACCCGGUUUAUCGAAUGCUCGAUUCCACAAAGACGGCUGUGGAGGAGAUGGCUGAGCAGAUAACGGCCACCCACCUGAAACUGGAGCAACACCCCGACAAAUGGAAAGAGUGGAACGACAGGUUCUGUGAGCUUUCUGAUUGGCUGUCCUCCCAGAGAGGGCAGGUGAGGCUUUUAAGAGAGACAGCAAUGACGUCCCAUCAUCAGGAUCAAGUUGAUGCUGCUGCUCUGACUCUGCAGAAAGCCUUGAUGGCCCGCGAGGAGAGGCUGCUGUGGUUAAAAACUCGCCUCACCAGGCUGUCGGAGGUUAGCCCUGAGCUGGAAGUCCAGAGACAGAGAGCGGCCCUCGCCAAACUUUCAACCGAUCUGCGAGCCCUCUUGUCUUCGCUCUGUCAGUUGGGGGAAGAAGGCUCUGCUAUGUUCCAGUGUGAGGAGCUGAGGGAUGAAGUACACGGCGCGUUGGAGGAGGUUCUGAGGGCCCGGAAGGAGGCCGAGGAGCAGACCAGCAAGAUUCUGAAUGCGGAGAACCUGGAGGAGGCCAAACAGCUUUACCUCAUUCAUCAGCAACACCUGAAAAGGCUGCGCGCUAACAGGAAGGAGGCGGAGCAGCUGGUGACCCACUGCCGCCAGCUGCAGAGAGGGGAGGUAUUGAGUCAGCCUCUGUGUGAGCUGGAGGGAGCUUUCAGCGAGGCCGACCCCAAAUCUGGAACAACGGAGCAAAACCUACAGACAACCCUGAGCUCUUGGCAAAAUUUUGAGAUGGAAAGGGAAGAAAUCUGGAGCUUUAUUACCAACACUAACAACGAACUACACAAGGAACUCAUCUUCAACAGCUUGGAGAGCCUGAGAAGUGAGCUGGAGCACCUCAAGGAGCUUUUCAUAGAUUUUGAGGAGUACUCUGUACGAGCGGAUAUCCUGAUGGAGAAGGCAGAGGAGAUUCAGCUCGGGCCAAAGAAUGAGGGUCUUCUUCUGCAGCAGGCCCUGUCCUCCAGAGAAAUGGUCACACAGCUUCAGAAGGACCUCAAAGAGAAUUUUGACCUUCUUGAGAGGAUGUGUGUGCAGUGGGAGAGCUUCAGCAGAGAAUCAGAGGCCCUCUCCAUGUGGAUCCACGAGAAAGAGUCAGAGCUGGACGCAGUCAGCGCCACAUCCUCCUCAGACCCUUUAGAUGCUCACAUUUACACCCUGGAGACGAUAAGCGAAGGUUUGGAGGACAGAAGGGCAGCGCUGGUCCAGAUGGAGGCUGACAUUGAGACGCUGUCCAGGUUUGUGACCCCUGGAGAAGCCAGGCACAUCCGUGUCCAGCUCCUGCAGACGAGGCGACGCUGUGACGAGCUGACGGGGAGGACAGAGCGGCUUGGCACACAGCUCAACCAGAGCGCCUCCUACAGGCAGAGAUGCAACGAUAACCUCAAACAGGUAAAGAAAACAGUGGGAGAUCUGAAAGAAAGACUGGAUGGUCCAAUCACGUGUGCAUCGUCGUCUGACGCCUACAGAAUCCUCCAGGAUCACAUGGAGGUCUGCCAGGGUUUGGAGCUGCUGAAACCCCGGCUGAUGGCGCUGUGUUCGGCCACAAAGAGGCUCGGAGAGGGCAGCCAGCUGGAGCAGGAGGUGGCUGCCCUCCAAAAGCAACAGCAUCAGUUAAAUGAAGAGGCUGCAGGAAAGCAGUCCAUGCUGGAGAGCCUUCUAGCUCUGUGGCAAAGAUACGAAAAAGAGAUUGCGUCCCUGAAGACCUGGCUGGACAGAUGUGAAUCCGUGUGCUGCCCAGAAACCGAAUUACUCUCUGCAGAUAAAGUAAAACUUGCGAACGAACUCCAAAAUGUGCAGGAAAUGCAGCGGGAGACGCCGUCCUAUGAAGCACUCCUCCGGGGUCUUGAAAGUCUCCAGCUGUGUCUGUACCCUGCAGCGGAUGAAGCUCGAAUCCAGGAGCUCAACGAUGACCUCGCUCGGCUUCAGGAGAGAUGCUCCUCUCUGAACAUGAGUAUAUCACACAGGAGUAAGCAGCUGGAGCUGCACUUGGAUCAGUUGGAGCAGUUUGAUCAGGCUCUUAUGACGGUGGCACAGAGGAGUGAAAGCUUCCUGUCUGGACUGAGAAGCUCCGCCUAUGUUCAUAUUUUAGAUCUUGCGGCUGCAAUCACUAAAGUGAAGGAGCAUGAGGCACAGCUGCAGGAAAACGUAUCGCUGACCGACGCCCUGACUCAAAAAGAGUCCUCCCUGCUCCAGCGCUCCACCCCAGAGGCCGAACAGCAGCUCCAAGCCUGGACAGAGGACUGUUUGCAGCCCUUCAACGAGUCCCGCCGUCUUUUACUUGUCCGCAAGGAGUGCCUGAACGAACUAAAGACGUUCCUUGCGAAACGCGAGGCGGCGUCGAAGACUUUGCGCCACCUUAACGAGGCGGUGGAGGGCAGGGGGAGCUGGGACCACUCCAAGGCCGAAGCCCUGCACCGCUGCGUCGUGGAAGCCGCUAAAGACGUGGCGCGCCUCGAGGCGGAGGCAGUCGGGUUGGACGGGCUGCUGAGCAAGGCCCACCUGCACCUGUUCGGCGCAAAAGCGAGCGCAUCCAAAAACGUCGGCGAGCCUCAGCUCAGGACAUCCUGCAGGGAACUGGCCGAGGGCCUCACCGUGGUGCUGGAGGAGGUGCAGAGGGCUCUCGGAUGGAGGCAGAGUGAAGCAGACGCUCUGGGGUCCUUGUGGUGCUCUUUCAGAGAGAGAAAAGAAGAGGUGAUGAAGAAUUUGAAGAAAUUGGAAGACGAUGCAAGACGGGAGGAGGCCAGAGAGUGCUCUGUGCAAGCCUUUCAGAACAGGCUGCGUUACUUUGUCCAGCUGGAGGAUGAGUUGCAGUCCCUGCAGCACUCCCAGCGAUGGUUGGAGGAGAAAGGGAACCAGCUGGCCCAACGAGACACCGAGCUGGCAGCCGACGCCCGCAGAGAGGUGGCGCUGGUGAAGGCGGCCUGGAAAAAUCUGGAGACAAUAAUAACAAAUAGUCAGGAGCAGAGCGGGGUUGUGGUCGACCUUCUGCGGUUGUUGCUCCAUCUGAAGUCCAACAUCAACUCUGUUGUGGAAAACGCUCAGGCUGUUGCUCACAAUCUGCCUGACCACAACCAUAAUGCUCAGGAGGCCAGACAUGUUUUGACACAACAUGAAGCCGUCAGAGCGGAGCUAAAAGAGAAACAAGAGGACAUGGACCACCUCAUCUCCACAGUGGAGGAACUGCAGAGGGAGAUGGAGAAGGUUCCCAACUCGGACAUGUUUUCUGUCCUGAAUGAAAUGGAAGCUCUCGGGGACCAGUGGCUGCUGAUCUCAGAAAAAAUUCAGACAAAUUCAGAGAGACUUGGUUCCUGCGUAGAACUUUGGGAUGACUUGAAGGCCAUGGAGCAGGACAUCAACCAGUGGACGGCCGAGUCCAUCCCCGAUCUCUGUGACACGGUAGCCAGGCUCAGUGACAAAUCGGUGGCAGAGGCCUGUCUUAGCAGCUUUCAGGCUGAGGUGGAAAAGAGGGAGCAGAGGUUGGACAUCCUGCAGGAGAGGGUGGCACAGCUGAAGGAACGAGCCAAACUGCAGGAGACGCCGAUACAAAUGCAGGUUCUAGAGUCGGAUCUGAGGAAGAAAAUGUUCCACGCGCUGGAGGCGUACAACCAGGCCAAACACACUCUGACCUACUUCGACUUCCAGAAGCAGCGACUCGACGACCUGAUGUCCCAGAUGACAGAGCGGCUGGAGGCCGUGGAAGGGUCCUUGUCGGACCUCACCGAAGCCGGUUCCCUCGAAGAUAUUUGCACAGUUAAGGACCUGCAGAGUGUUGUGCAGCAGCAGAGGGCAGACAUGGACAUGGCUAGAGAUGCCCUGACUUCCCUGAGCAGAACACAUCCAUCUCGUGAGCUUUCAGUCCUCUCCUCCGAUCUCACCACCAUUGCCAAGCGAACAGAGGUGGUCGCCCAGCGCUGCGCCAAAACCAGAGGCAGCCUGCAGGAUGGGUUACAGCUCCACUUCAACGAGCUCGUCCAAGACUUUAAGUCCUGGCUCGCAGACCUGAAGUUGGAGCUGAAAGACUGUUUUAAUCAAUCGGGAGAUGUCGUCCUCCUUCAAGCCAAGUUGCAAAGACUGAAGAUCUCACUUGAGGAGAAGUCAGAAGGUGAGGACCGUCUCUCUCAGAUUCACAAAGAGGCCGGCAAGCUCCAGCUCCACCUCAGCAAAGUCGGAGCGGCACAGGUCCAUGAAAGUCUUUCCUCCUGUCAGAAAGAAUGGAAAAUCUAUCAGGACGGCUGCUUUCAGAGCCUGGAAGACUUGCAAGACAGCAUUGACCUUUUGAAAAAUUUUGAUGAUUGUGUGGCGAAUACAAGAGAGUGGCUGAAGAAGAUGGAUGUAGGCCUAAAGAGUGAGCCUGACACUGUGACAGAGAGCCAGAAAGGAGCCUCAGAUCCCACAGAAGAGCUUCAGAGAAUUGAGAACUUAAAUAAAGAACUAAUAGCACAAAGGGAGUCUAUUGAGCGUGUCUCACAGGAGGCCCAGGCUCUCUCUGAAUCCGGUCGGGGUUCGGGAGAAGAGGUCAAAGUGACGGGCCAGCUCCAGAUGGAGUAUCAAGCCCUCCUGAAGGCAGCCAGGGAGAGGCUGCGGGGCUGCCAGGAGAGCCGGGCCUUUGGAGACGCUCUCCAGGGGGUUUGGGUCUGGCUGGAGGAGAUCCAAGAGAGACUGGGUACUGUAGACAGCACGAUUGGAACAAAAGAGCAGCUAGAGCAGAGACUGGAGACUGUGCAGGACAUCCUGCUUUUGAAGGGAGAAGGGGAGGUGAAGCUGAAUAUGGUGAUGGGCAAGGCUGAGCUCGCCCUGCGUAGCUACGGAGCUAGUGGACAGGAAGUGGUCCGCUCUCAGCUGCAGGAGGUGGAGGAUGCAUGGGCCACGCUGCUGGUUACUGCAAUGAGCUGCCACAGUCGAUUAGAGUGGACGGUGUCUCAGUGGGGGGGAUACCUAGAGAGUGCUGCUCAGCUGCAAAGUUGGAUGGAGGCUGUCAAGAGGGAGGUGUGCGCCCCACUUCCACCACAGCCGGGACCCAGAGAGAAGGCCUCUCAGCUGGAGAGACUCAGGGCCCUGAUGGCUGACCUGGAGGACCACCAGAUGGCGCUCUCUAGUCUGGAAGAAAAAGCCAGAGAGCUUUUCAAGAAGACUGGCGAUGCCAGCUUUAACCAUGGUGCUCGCACUCAGCUACAGGUGCAGUGCGAUCAUCUCACGGCUCUGGUUGAGGAGAGAGUUCGUCUGGCUCAGGCGGUGGUGUUGGAGCACCAGGACUAUCUGGAGGCUGUUCGUGAGCUCACUGAUUGGCUGAUGUCGGCAGGGGAGGAGCUUCAGCGUUGGUCUGAUACAUCAGGAGACUCCACUUCCAUCAGGAAAAAACUAUUGGAAGUUAAGGAGCGUGUAAAGUGUCGACUCCUGGAGGGCCGAGAGCGCCUCAGCCGGGUCCGACGCAGCGCGGCGACCACAGCGGAGCACACGGCGGCAGGCGGCUGCGAGGCCAUGGACCGACAGCUGGGGGCACUGUCACACGCCCUGGAGCAGUGGGAGGGGGCCGCUCUGAGGGCCAGAGACGGCCUGGAGGGGGCCCUGGCCGCUGCAGAAGCUUCGGAGGAGGAGUAUGACCAUCUAACCGCCUGCCUGGAGGAGAGGCUGAAGGAGUUCGACGGACACCUGAGGGGAUGGAGCCAGGAGCUGGUUAAAGCUGAGGGACGGAGUAGCGGCGAAGAUGCGGUGGAUGGAUGGAAGCUGGCUAAGGAUAUUCUGGAGGGCUUGCAGAGCGCCGAGUCGAUGGCAGAGAAGUUGAAAAGCCAGCUGAACGACCUGGUGCGCUACUCCAGGGACCUGAGCUCGCAGUCAGACCGAGUCACAGCGAUCAUCAAGCAGCACAACAGUCUCAGUCUUCGUGCAUCCAGGGAGUGUCAAAAUAAGGAGCGCCUGUUGGAGCAGAGGUUCCGCGCGGCGCUGAGAGACUUCCAACAGUGGCUGGUCAAUGCCAAAAUCAGUACCGCCAAAUGCUUUGAUGUGCCGCAGACUGUCACCGAGGUCUCCACCGCUUUGCAGAGAAUCCAAGAGUUCUUGAGUGACAGGGAGAACGGCCAGGCCAGACUGAGUACAGUAGGAGCCAGCGGGGAGCUCCUGAUGGCCGUCGUGUCCAAAGAUAGAGUGGAUGGACUCAAGGCCAAGGUGGCAAAUGCCCGGGAGGACUGGAAGAGCCUGAUGCAUAACCUGCAAAUGAGGGAAGAUGCUCUCAAGAACCUACAGUCCCAGAUGACAGAGUUUGAAGCCAGUGCUGAGCCCCUGCAGGACUGGCUCAACGGCACCGAGUCCAGAGUCCAGGAGAGCAGCGCCCGGCUGCACGACCUUCCAACCAAGAAGCAGGAGCUCAGCAAACUGCAGUCCGUGCUGGAGGAGAUGGCCAGUCGAGAGGUAGAGCUGGGCAAGCUGAGGGAUAAAGCUCAUCAUCUCUGGGAGGGACAAGCGGCGGGCAAGGGGUUCGUCCACAGAGUAUCUCAGCUGUCAGCGCAGUACCUAUCCCUCAGCAACCUAACCAAGGAUAAAGCCUCAAGGAUCGAGCGCAUCGUCGGGGAGCACCAGCUCUUCUCCCAGGGGCUUAAAGAGCUUCAGGACUGGGUGUGUGAGGCACAGAGGGUCAUAGGCACGUGCACGUCCACGACUACAGACAAGGGUGUACUGGAGGACCGCAUGUUACAGCUGGAGGCAUUACUUGCGGCCCGUCAGGAGCGGGAAAUCCAGCUAAAAAUGCUCUUGACCCGGGGAGAGGCGGUCCAGAGGAAUACUUCGGCUGAGGGGGUUCCUGUGAUCCGCAAACAGAUCCAAGACCUCAAGGACUCGUGGGACUUGUUGCUUUCUGCCUCAAUCCAGUGUAAAAGCCAGCUGGAAGGCUCUCUGUCACAGUGGACCAGCUACCAGGAAGACGUGGAGCAGUUUGUGCAGUGGAUGGAUCGAGUGGAAGAAACCCUGAGCUGCUCGGACAGACAGUACUCAGAGAUGAGAGACAAGACUGCUAACCUGGGAAAGACGAAGCUUCUCUACGAGGAGGUUUUGAGUCAUAGCAGUCCUCUGGAGACCAUCGCCACAAAGGGCUCCAACAUGGCAGAACAUUGUACAACCCAGCAGGAGGUGCAACAGCUGCAGUGUAGAUACAACGCCCUGAAAGAAAAAGCUAAGAAUGCUGUUACUAAAGCCAAGGAGCUGGUCAUGGUCCAUCAGGAAUAUCAACGAGGACUGCAUGUGUUCGAGGACUGGCUGGAGCGGGAGCAGGCAUCUCUGGCGUUGUUGUCUCAUCCGGAAGGAAACGUGGACACGCUUGAAAAAACACUGCAGCAGCUACAGAGCCUGCAGGAAAGCUGCUCAAAGGGCCAGUCUUUGCUCGCUUCGGUGCUGUCCAGCAGAGACAGAGUUAUCCCCUGGGGCGUCCCUCAGAUCGAGGACCGAGCCCUGGACACCGCCAGACGAGAGUGGGCCUCCUACCAGAGCCGCCUGGAGGAGACUCAGGCCCAGCUGCACUCCACGCUGACUAGACUGAGGCAGAUGGGUCACAGGUUCCUGAACCUGGCCCAGUGGCUGGAGGACACUGAGAAGAUGGCUAACAUCAGGAGCCACCGGAGGUCGGACAGAAACACCAAGCAGAGCCAGCUUAAGAAACUCCAGGGGAACCUUGAGGCGGUGCUUGCACGGCAGGCAGAGGUCGAUGGCCUCUCGUCUCUGGCCCAGCAGGUUCUGGAGGAAACCUACAUCAGCAGUCGCAUCAGUGUUACCGCCACCCAGCUGACCGCCCGCUACCACUCCCUUCUGCUCAGCAUCCAGGAUACAAUCAAGCAGCUCCAGGAGGAGCUGAGGAGCAUGGAAGAGGCAGAGAACCUCUGCAUGUCAUUCAGCGAGUGGUUCUCCUCGACUCAGAAAAGCUUCACAACGCUCACCGAUCGCUCCGAACCGCUGGACCGGCAGGUCAUGGAGAGAAAGAUGAAGAAAUUAGAGAGCCUUCAGUCUGAUCUUCAGCAUGGCCACAAUCUCCUGAAAUCCCUGAGGGAGCGUGCGGAGCAGGCGGCAGGCUUCCUGGACGAGGCUGGAGCGGAAAGUUUAGGAGCAGAAGUAGAAGCGCGUCUCGCCCAGCUGGAAGAGCUCGCCGGGGGACUGAGGCAAGAGCGCAGCUUCCUGGAGCGAGCGUUACUGCUCGCGAAGGAGUUUCAGGACCGGUACAAGGCUCAGGUCCAGUGGCUGGUAGAGACCAGGGCUUUGCUCAGCUCGCCGGUGGAGCCCAAGGCUGAACUGUACCAGCGCAGAGCGCAGUUGGCAAAGUAUAAGGCUCUCCUACAGAUGAUUCAGUCCCACGAUGGGUCCAUCAGGUCCGUGAUGGAGAAGGGAGACGCGCUACUGGCUUCUGUCCACUACCCCUCCAUCAGAGACAAGAUGCACAGAGUGCAAAAGGACUACGCUGCUCUCUGCAGCGCCGCAACGGCUCACGUGGAGAACCUGGAAGGCCAGGUGAAGGAACAGGAAGCUUACCACAACGAGCUGCAGGAGGUGGAGCGCUGGCUGCUGCAGAUGUCCAGCAGGAUGGUGACUCCGGAUCCGAGCGUGAGCGUCAGCCUGGAGGCAGCAACUCAGCAGCUGGCCAGGCACAAGGCCAUCAUGGAGGAGAUUGCGGGUUUUGAGGAACGCCUGACGGCUCUGAAAGAGCAAGGCGAGGGUCUGGUGCAGGGCUGCAGUGACCGCGUGCAGAGCCGACUGAGAACGCAGGUCCAGACUCACCAGCAAGGCAUCCGAGACAGCUACUCUGCCAUCUGCAGCACGGCACAGAGGGUAUACCAGAGUCUGGAUCACGAGCUGCAGAGACAUGUUAGUGUGCAGGACACGCUGCAGCAGUGCCAGACGUGGCUAAGCUCUGUUUCCGAAAAACUAGACCAAAAUCCACAGCCAUCUCGCUGCCUUGAGGAAGCUCUCCAGCAGGUGAAGCAGGAGCGUGCUCUCCAGGAGCAGGCGAGCACAUACCUCCAGCUGGUGUGUUCGGCUUGUGAUCUCUCAGAGCAGAGGGUCAGGGAGGCUGCUGCAGCCGUCCAACAGAUUAAACUGCAGAUCGAGGAGCGCAUGCUUCUUUGUGAAGAGAUGGCAGACAACUGGAGGGACAUGGAGGAACAGAAGAUGGAUUUAGAAACACAGCUUAGAGAGACAGAACAGCAGCUUCAGAGCCUGAUCAGGAGACCUGCAGAGCUGGAACCUAAGAUUGCACAAAACCAGCUGGACAAGGCACAGGAGUUCCUGCAGCAGAUUAGAGAGAGACAAUCUGAGGCGGCUCGUUUGAGCGAAGCCAUCGGCAGGCUGACGGACGGACAGGUCUCUCCUGCCCUGGAGGAGAUAAGGAGGCUGAAGAGAGGCUGGAUAGAGCUGGGCCAGCAGGCCGAGGAGCUGGAAGCCCAGCGGGGGGAGGACAUGCAGCGAAGUGGGGAGUACCAGGAGAGCGUUGUUGCUGUGGAAGAACUCUUCCAUCAAGUAUCCAGAGAGUGGGACUACCUCGCCAGGGCUGACACGGAGAGUACAAGUGAGCACCUUGAAGCUCUGAGGAAACUUGCCAGUGACCUAGAUGAGCAGAAAGAAACCCUUGAAGAACUCAGAGACCAGAGGCAAGCUAUCCUGCCUCGACUAAGCCUGCUAGACAAGGAGCUGGUCAAGCAGCAGGUGGAUCAUCUGGAGCAUCGCUGGGCCCAGCUGGAGAGCCUCAUUCUGCAGAAAAUCCAGGACUCGGCUCAAACUCUGGAGGAUCUGACCCGGGUAGAGGCCCAGCUGCGCGACGCCAGGGAGUGGGUGGAGGAGCAGCGGCCUGCCCUCACCUCUGCGCUGAGAACCAGCCCGCCCCCGGAUCUGGCGCAGAGUUUCCUGUUUGACCACCUGAGCGUCUGCGUGGAGCUGGAGGCCCGGCAGCAGCUGCUCGGUCAGGCGGUGAGCGAAGCGCAGGCUGUGGCCUCCAGGCUCGGGUUGAGCGAGAAAAGAUGCUUACAGGAACUCGUCAGGCACGCCGAGAUGGAGGUGGAAGUCCUCGGUGCUCGGGUCGCGCAAAGGAGGAAGUACCUCAGUAAGGCCUUCACAGAGAGAACGCAGUUCCUCCAGGGAGUGGGGAGAGCCUUGUCUUGGGUAAAGCAGCAGGAAAGGAAGGCUUUGAUAGAAGACCACGUCGCUCUCCUUCCUGAGGAUUUGACCAAACAGGUGGCGGCGUGCCGGAGCGUCCAGAGCGGCUUACGAGCGUACCAGAGAGAACUGGCGUCCCUCUGGGUUCAAGGGCGAGAGCUGGAGAGAGACGCCAGCGACAAAGAAAGAGCAGAAACACUGGCGAGACUAGAGGAGCUACAGUCGGCCUUUGAGACCGCCCUGCAGAGGACCACCCAGCGUCUGGCAGGCUUAGAAAAAGCCUUGACUUCAAGGAAGUACUUCCAGGUGGACCUGGACAAGACCUGCCACUGGCUGAGACAAGCCGAGGCCUUAACGUACCCCGAAAUCAACUUCAGCAGCGUCGACGAGGGCUCCGAUUUGCUAGCACACCUCUCUAACUAUCAAAGUGUCUUGGAGCAGGCGUCUGAGUACGAGAACCUCCUUCUCAUCGUCCAAAGAAUCGGUCAGGAGAUCCUCCCCACGCUCAACGAGGUCGACCACUGCUACCUGGAUGAGCGGCUCAACGCGCUGCCUCAGCAGUACAACGCCAUCCUUGCUCUCGCCAAAGAGAAGAAGGACAGAGUCCAGCAGAUCGUCCAGGAGAGAAAAGAGUUCAGCGCUUUCCUCGAGAUCACCCGCGGCGCACUGGAGGAGCUGCAACAGCAAUUUGACAAUCUUGAGACGCGGACGAUCAACGAAAAAGAGCAGGACGGUGUCAGUCUGAUGAAAUUAUAUGAGAGUAUUGCUGAAAGGUUGGUUCAUAUCCGUCCUUCCGUCGGAGAACUUUGUGGGAAAACCCAGGGCUUUUUAAUGAGGGGCUGUCAAUAUAAAGGCGAGGAGACUCAGCAGCUGGUCCUGCUCCAAAGCACACUGAAGAGAAGAAGUGACCAGAAGAUCAAACGCUUAGAAGAUUGCUUGAAGAAAGUUGCUGAACACAACAGCGUGGUGUCCAAACUAGACACAGAGCUCAGCUCUGUUAAACAGGGGCUGAUCAGAGUAAAGUCAAACAAAGAAUAUAGCGCUUUAGAUAAAUUAGCAAAUCUUUAUCUGCUACUGGGCAGCUUAGAUGGCAUGAGAGCUCAGGUAGAAGAAAGCUAUAAGCUCACAAAAAGUCUGGAUCUAAGGUUUGAUGCUGCUACCUUCCAGGAAACUAAACUGCAGCUCGAGCUGUCGCGGUCUUUACAGAGCGAAAUUAAAUCUUUGGUUGAAGAAUGUGAAAGAGGAGUGGAAAAGAAAGAGGACUUCACCAGAGAGGCUGAGAGGGUGUCGGACUGGCUGAAGACUGUCGAGGAGAAGCUGAAGGAGCCUUUGAUCAUCUCCGAGUUUAAAGCCGAGAGGAUAAAUGAAGAGAAGCAGAAACUUAAAAUCACCCAGGAGGAAGCGAGGAGCAGGCUGAAGGUGGUUGAUGUGUUGAGCGUGAGAGAAAGGCAAAGGCACGAGAGUAAGAGAGAAGCUGUUCCUGCCAAGAUGGAGGAAAAAGUAGAGGAGCUGGAGAAGCUGGGAGCCAAGGUUCAACAAGACAUAUGUGCAAAACAGCUGGCACUGGAUCAAAAUCUCUCUCUGGUCCAGAGGCACCACUUAUCUCUGCGGUCCAUGCAGCAAUGGCUGGACAAAGCUGCGACUUUAAUCCAUGAGACCAGAUCGGGUGUGGAGAUUGAGAACCACCAAGACUGUAUGCAAGAUCUGGAAGAACUUUUAGCCCAGGAGAAGAACUUCACGACUUCUUCUGAGGAGAUAAGGACCCUGGAUGCUCUGCUGGUUGAUUUUGUGGAGGCGGGAGAAUUGAAAGAGAUCAGGAAGAAGACUGAGUCAAUGCAGCAGAUGAAGAAAGAAGUCGAAGAGCAAGUGUGUGCUUACAGAGAAGUGCUGCAGAGGUGUCGUGCCUUAUGGAGCUCCUUUCAUCAUGCAAAACAGAUGCUGGUUGAACGGAUGGACGAUUUGGAAAGCAGGAUGUCUAAGUUCACCACAGCAAAAGCUCUCGGUCUCCAAGAGGCAGAGGACAAGUGUAGAAGACAAGAGUCUGUUGUGACUCAGACCGACUUGCUGGAGCUGCCUCUGAACGCUUUGAAGGAGAGCGCUGCGGAGCUGGAUCCAGUCAUCUCUGAAUCCGGCAGAGUUCUCACCAGUCACGCCGUGUCGUCGCUGUGGCAACGGUGGACACGUCUCCGCAGCGUGGUCCGAGCCCAGCAGAGGGCGCUGGAGGACACCGCCAGGGAGUGGAGGAAUUUCGCCGAAAAGAUGGAGAAGGUGAGCUCCGUGUCCAAAGACCUCCACAGUCGUGUGCCAGACAGCACCGUUGAAAAGGCAGCCACCAGGGCGGCGCUGCAGAGCCUGCUGGAAUACCACGACUCCUUCAGCCAGGAGGUGGAGCGGGAGCAGUCCACCCUGGCCCUGUUGGUGCAGCAAACCCGCUGUCUUAGAGGAGAGGCCGAGAAGGAGGCGGCGAUGGAGAAGAAGACGGAGAAUGGACAUGAAGACACGCCGUGCCUGCAGAAGAUCCGACGCAUGCAGGAACAAUAUGACGGCUUGUUGUUGCAGGUGCGAGCCAGUAGGGCUCAGGUACACCAGGAGCUGAGGGAGAGAGAAGAGGUAGAAAAGGAGCUUGGCUUAGUCAAGGGAUGGAUCCAAGACACCCGGGGCUUAUUGUUGAGUCCCACUGCGGACUUAGACUCGCUUCUACAUGAGCUGGAGGCUGCACAUGGUGAGGUCAUCAGCAGGCGUCAAAGUGUUGAGCGCAUGACGGAGCUGCAGCAGUCCAAGUAUCAGGACCUUCAAGCCGGUCUGCCGUCUGAGCUCAGCAUGCAGCUAGCUGAGGUUGCUCUUGCCCUGGGCUCUGCUGAAGACCAGGUUCAGGCGAGGGAGCGGGAGGUGCAGCAGACCCGGGAUGUGAAAGAGGACUUCAGCUACAGACUUCUGGACAUUGAGACAAAGCUGAAGACCAUCGCCGUAAAGCUAGAAGAAAAGAGCGCCGACCUGGAGGAGGCCAAGGAAGAGACCAAAGCUCUGUGUGAAGAGUGUGAAUCAUGUGGUAGCUCUCUGGCGGAGUUAGGAGUAGCUGUUCAGGAGUUUGGAGAGCAGAACCCACUGCUUUGUAAGCAGCUCAGUGAUGCAGUGGUGAAACUUGCAGAGCUCCAGCGACAAACUGCACAGCAGGCUCAGGACAAAGUCAACAGACUCAAGAAGGCAGAGAGACUUGUAGAAGAAUAUCACAGCAUGAAGGCUUUCAUUGUGGCCUGGAUAGAAAAAGCAGAGGAUCUGGUCUCUGGUAACAUCAUCUGGAGCUCUGCGACCCAACUGCAGGAGCAAAUCCGUGCACACCAGGCGUUGCUGAGGGAGUGUCGCGGUCUCCAUGGCGACUUGGAGGCCAUGGGGGAGAGGGAGGGGCAGCUGGCAGACGUGUUGCAGCUGGAGGGAUGGAGCCAGCAGGUGAAACACCUCAGCAGACGUACGGAGGAGCUGCAGCAGUCCGCCAAGACCCGCUUCCAGAGUCUACAGGAUGCAGCUAAAGACAUGCAGCGUCUCGAGGCGGAGGUGAAGAGCCUGCAUGCUGUCGUCGAUCAGAUCCAGGUCGCGCUCGCUUCUCCUGAUCUCAACAAGCUCAGCCUCAGGGAGCAGCUCACGCAGCGACAGCUUCUCCUGGUGGAUAUGGAGAGCUUCAAGCAGCAAGUGGCUUCAGUGCAGCAGUGUCAGAGCGCCCUCCGGCUACCUGAGGAGGUAGUGGCAGGUCUGCCUAUCUGCCGCACAGCUCAGUCUCUGCAGCAAGAGGCCAGCCAGCUGCAGCAUACCACCAUCCAGCAGUGCAACAUCCUGCAGGAGGCGGUGGUUCAGUACGAGCAGUAUGAACUGGAAGUAAGGAACCUCCAGAGUUUAAUCGAGGAUGCUCACCGCAUCAUUCAGGACAGGCCUGUUGCCACCACCAACAUCCAGGAGCUUCAGGCUCAGAUUCAACACCAUGAGGAGCUGACCCAAAAGAUCCGCGGCUACCAGGAGCAGAUCGCCUCGCUCCACUCCAAGUGCAAGAUGCUGACCGUGAAGGCCAAGCACGCCACCAUGCUCCUGACCGUCACCGACGUGGAGGGGCUGUCAGACGGCAUGGAGGAGCUGAGCGAUGAGGAGCUGGCCGGCGUCGUGGGAAACACCGGCUCAGCUGCCAGCAAGCAGCUCCCAGCCCACCCCUCUGUCGUUAUGAUGACAGCCGGGCGCUGCCACACGCUCCUCUCCCCCGUGACAGAGGAGUCAGGGGAGGAGGGCACCAACAGCGAGGUCUCCUCUCCCCCUGCCUGCCGCUCCCCCUCUCCGGGGGCUAACGCUGCUGAAAUUCCUCUUAACCAGGGUCGGGGCGCCCUCAGCAGAGCGCCGCUUCAGGAGCUGUACGACCCGUCGAUGGAGACGAGCGCUGCUAACUUGGACGACCUGCAGAGAUCCUGGGAGACACUGAAGAACGUGAUAAGCGAGAAGCAGAAGAGCCUGUACGAAGCCCUGGAGAGGCAGCAACACUAUCAGGAAUCCCUCCAGUCCAUUUCCACCAAGAUGGAGUCCAUCGAGGGGGCGCUGAACGAGAGCCUGGAACCUAACAAGACCCCCGAGAGCCAAAUGGCAGCCCACCAGGCUCUCAUGGAUGAGAUCCUGAUGCUGCAGGAUGAGAUCGGCGAGCUGCAGGCCUGCUUCGCCGAGGAACUGGCCGACAACGAGGGUGACGGCAAAGCUGGGGACCAAAUGGCCCUGCGGUCCACUCUAACCGUACUGGGAGAAAGGAUGGCUACUAUUCGCAUGAAGGCGUCUGGCAAACGGCAGCUACUGGAGGAGAAACUGAGUGAACAGCUCGAGGAGCAGAGACAGGAGCAGGCGCUGCAGCGGUAUCACAGCGAGGCAGAGGAGCUGGACCACUGGCUGCUCAGUACGCGUGCCACCCUCAGCUCUGCCCUUCAGCCCCAAAAUGAAGACAUGGACAUGGAGGAGCAGCUCAUCGACUGUCAGAACAUGCUCUUUGAGAUCGAGCAGAAGGUUUCCUACCUCUCGGAGCUGUCCGUCCACAGCGAAAGUUUGCUCCUAGAGGGUCGCGCCGAAACCAAGGAAGAGGCGGAGCAGCUGACCUUCAAACUGCGCUCCCUCAAAGACAGCCUGCUGGAGCUGCAGCAGAUGCUGCAGGACAAACAGGAUGAUAUACAGGGAUCAUUGCAGGAGCAGGAGGACAGUGAGCCCGACUCAUCUCUGUCGCAGAGUCCAAAUGUCCAAGACUGGCUGUCUCAGGCCCGCUCAACACGCUCUCAGCAGCACCACGACAACCAGCUGAGACAGAGGGAGCUGCAGGAGCAAGUGGCGAAGCAGAGGAAGCUGCUGCAGUCUGUGGCCAGCGUCGGGGAAGAGUUAUUGAAUCAACACGGGGCGACCAACGGGGACAGUGAGGAGUCUGUCCCCGGUGGAGUGCUGCUGGAGACUGAGACUGUGUCUCCGCUGGACCAGCUGAGGCAAAGAUGGGAAAACCUAAAUAAAGAUCAGAGCACAAAGCUGCAGCUCUCCCUCAGCUGCCUGGAGCAAGACCAGCUCAGUCCGGUCCUUCACCUGUCCCGUCUUUCCAGCCCAAAUGUGGUUGUGAGGAACCAGGCUCCCAACCAGCUCCCCGGGUCUCCCAGAGCGUUGUUCGAGGCCUGCUGCCAAACUCUAGAAGUAAUCAAAGAAGAGGCAGCCGGCAGCGACAGUAAGCUGGCAGCCUCGUUUGGAUCAGAGAGAGUCCAGCAGGAUCUGUAUGCCGCAGUAUCAGCUGCCUCCGCCUGGUUGGAUUCAGCAGAGAAUCACCUGCUUUCUGGUCCCGUGUUGCUGUCAGAGGAUACAGAGUCUCAACUCACAAACUUGGAGGCUCUGAGUAAGCAGCUAAAGCAGAUAACGAGGCAGGUGAACCAGUGCAGAGAUCUGCUGGGAGGGGGAACAGGCCGGCUGUGUGCAGGAGAAGAGCGCGCCCUGAUGGAAGACACCUUGGAGGGCCUGCAGGAGAGAAUGGGCCUCCUGGACUCGGCUCUGGAACAGAACUGCGAGAGCAUGAGAGACGCGCUGCAGGAACAUGCAUCUUUCCAGAACGAACUGAAAAUGUUGUUCACGGCCCUGACUGAAAGUAAACACCAGUUGCUGCAAAAGAUGGCCGGAACGACAGAAAGACCUGCAUCCAAACAGUUGGAGACACUGUCUGAGGUGGAGGACGGCCUCAGAGAGCUCGAGCAGAAAGUGACGGAGCUGAGGAGCCGAGCAGAGGGACUCCGAUCAGACCAGGCCUCCAAGCAGGAGCUGCUAAAACUACAAGAUGCCUAUGAGGAGCUGGUGUUGAUGGUGGGCUCCAGGCGGAGCAGCCUGAACCACAGCUUGUCUCUGAAGGCUCAGUAUGAAGCUGCGCUGCGCGACCUCACCGACCUGAUCGACACCGCUCAGGACAAGAUGGCCGCGGACCAAAAAAUGACCGUCGCCUCCGUCAUCGAGGUCGGCACGUUGCUCGACAAGCACAAAGAGUUUUUUCAGGUACUUGAAUGCCAUAUGAUCCUCACCCAGACAUUUUAUGGAAAAGUGUCCAGUCUGGUUGUGCCGAGGGAAAGCCAAGCCCUGGAGGAGACCAUGACUUUAGCUCACAAUGUCCUAAAACAAGCCCACAGGAGGGGAGUGGAGCUGGAGGGCAUUGUGGAGUCCUGGAGCAGUCUCAUGGACGAUUAUCAGGCUUUAUGCAGACAGCUGGAGGCUGUGGAGUGUAGCAUCCCAACCGUGGGUCUUGUUGAGGAGACAGAGGAGAGACUUCUUGAGAGAAUCAGUCUCUUCCAGCGUCUAAAGGCCAGCCUCACAGAACACCAGCCCCAGCUGUACCAGCUUCUGGAGGAGGGGAAGAGGCUCCUCCUGUCCGUCAGCUGCUCAGACCUGGAGAACCAGCUCACACAGCUGGGGGAACACUGGCUCUCCUCCACCACUAAAGUCAACAAGGAACUGCAUCGUCUCGACUCGACGCUCAAACACUGGAGCAGGUACCAGAGUGAAUCAGCAGAGUUGAGGCACUGGCUGCAGUCCGCCCUCGACAGGCUGGAGUUCUGGACAACCCAGUCAGUGACGGUGCCUCAGGAGCUGGAGACCGUCAGAGACCACCUCAGUGCCUUCCUGGAGUUCUCAAAAGAGGUGGACGCCAAGUCGUCGUUGCGUUCGUCGGUGCUGAGCACAGGCAACCAGCUUCUGCGACUGAAAAGAGUCGACACGGCCGGCCUGAGGACGGCGAUGGGCCAGGUGGACACUCAGUGGGCCGAGCUGCUCACCCGUAUCCCCGUGGUGCAAGAGAAACUGCAUCAGUUGCAAAUGGAAAAGCUUGCAUCAAGGCAUGCUAUCACAGAGCUGAUGAGCUGGAUCACCCUUAUGGAGACCAUCAUAGAUGAAGAUCAGGACAAGAUAUUGGGGGCUGUAGGCUCAGAUAUGGUCCAGGACUUCUUGCAGAAGUACAAGGGUUUCCGCAUAGAUCUGACCUGCAAGCAGUUGACUGUUGACUUUGUGAACCAGUCGGUGCUGCAGAUCAGCAGUCAGGACGUGGAGGGAAAGCGCAGCGACAAGACCGACUUCGCUGAGAAGCUGGGCGCCAUGAACAGAAGGUGGCAGAUACUGCAGGGGCUCAUCGCUGAAAAGAUUCAGAUACUGGAAGGACUUUUGGAAAGUUGGUUAGAGCAUGAGAACGGCGUUCAGGCUUUGAAGACCUGGCUCACGCUUCAGGAGGAGAAAUUAAAGAAGAAACACAGGAUAGAGGAUGUGGCAUCGGUGCAGAAUGCACUCAAAGACUGUCAGGAGUGGGAGCAUUUAGUGAAAGAGAAAGAGAAGGAUCUAGAGAAAGCAGAAGAAAGAGGAAACGCUCUGGUCAAAGAUAAGAAAGGAGAGGCUUGUUCUGCCGUGAAGGAAACCCUAAAAGUGCUGAACCAGUCCUGGGCUCAUUUGGACCACAUGAUAAGUCAGAUAAAGGUGAAUUUGCGGUCGGUCCUGGAGAAGUGGGUCCUGUACCGGCGCGCUUCGGAGGAGAUCAAUGGUUACCUGAUGGAGGGGAGAUAUUCUGUGUCCAGACUGCACGUCCUUAACGGGUCUUUAGAAGCGGUGCAGCAGCAGCUGGAAAGUCUGGAGAACCUGCAGGAGGAGAUGGACAAGCAGGAGAACAGUUUGAGAAGGUUCGGCUCCAUAACACACCAGCUGCUCGCCGAGAGUCACCCGUCUGUGGCUGAAACGCUCAACAGAGCGCUGCAGGAUGUCAACGCCAGGUGGAAUCGUCUACUCGAGCAGAUCUCAGAGCAGCUGAGGAGCAGCAAGUCCUUGCUGGGUUUGUGGCAACGCUACCGGUCGUUAUACAGCCGGUGCGUGGCGGCCGUUCAGAAGCAGGAGGAGCGCGCGGAUCGUCUGCUGAGGAGCGGCACGGACAGGGAGAUCACAGAGGAGGAGAGCAGCGCCUGGAUGAAGGACUGCAACGACUGCCUCAACGACCAAGACCCAGUACAGCGGUCCCUCCAACAGCUGCAGGCAUUAGAGGAGCAGCUGAAGAGCCAAGUGGACGCCUCCUCUUCGGCGUCCCUCAAAUCUGACCAUCUGCAGCUCUCGCAUCGCCUGGUGGCGCUGGAGCACGCCCUGCACAGGCAGCAAGAAGUACUGCAGUUUGAAUCCCAAGCCUGUGAGGGUUUCAGAGAGCAGCUGGAUGCGUUGAUAUGCAAGGCGAAAGAGGCGGAGGAGGUGCUGAAGGAGCCUGACCCGGUGGGUUCACCAGAGCUCACUGUGGUCCAGACAUGCAUGGACAAACUCAAGGCGCACCUCCUGAAGCUGAGCAGUCUGUCUCCAGACCUGGAGCGCGUCAACGAGCUGGUGUACAGACUGCCAGUCAGUGACGGAGAUGUUAAACGCCUCCAGAACCUCAACAGAGCCUGGGCUGCUCACUCAGCUCACCUCACAGAGAGGGUCAGUAAACUGCAGUCAGUGUUGCUGCAGCAGCAGAGCUUCCUCCAGAAAUGCGAAGCCUGGAUGGACUUCCUCUCUCAGACCGAACAGAAACUGGCUGCAGAGAUUUCAGGCAACUACCAGAGUCUGCUGGAGCAACAGAGAGACCACGAGUUGUUCCAGGCGGAGAUGUUCAGCAGACAGCAGAUUCUUUACUCCAUCAUCAGCGACGGCCACCGGCUGCUGGACCUGGGUCACGUCAACGACAGCGACGACUUCAGCGUGAAGCUGGCUCUGCUGAGCAAUCAGUGGCAGUGCGUGGUGAGGCGGGCUCAGCAGCGGCGGGGCAUCAUCGACAGCCUGGUGCGACAGUGGCAGAACUACCAGGAGACGUCGGAGAAGUUGCGGCGAUGGCUGCAGGAGGCGACGCACGAUCCCGACGUGCAUCAGCAAGGAGAACCGGUGGCCCUGCAGGAGGCCCGAAGCCUGCUGGGUCAGAUCCAGAGUCCCUUAGUUCACCUGUGCCUCCUCUGUCCUCUGUCUCUGUCCUGUCUCCUCCAGCUCAGGGAGCGAUUGCUUCAGAGGCAGCAAGGGGUCUACAUCCUGACGGUGGAGGCCGGCAGGAGCCUGCUGCUGUCGGCUGACGGCAGGGCGGAGUCCACUCUGCAGACGGAGCUCAUGGAAAUCCAGGACAGGUGGCGGCACGCCCACCACCGCCUGGAUCAGCAGAAGAAGGAGCUGCACGGCUUGCUUAAGAACUGGGAGCGAUGCGAGAAGGGCAUCGACGUGUCGCUGGAGAAGCUGCGGGCCUUUAAGAGAAAGCUGUCGGUGCCGCUGCCGGAGCAUCAUGAGGAACUACACUCUGAGCAAAUCCGCUGCAAGGAGCUGGAGAGCAGUGUGGAAGGAUGGACCGAUGACCUUACUUCCUUGUUCCUGCUGAGGGAUUCCUUGGAGGGUUUGGUCAGCGCAGAUGAUGUCACGGUCUUGCAGGAACGCCUGCAGCUGCUGCAGCGCCAGUGGGAGGAGGUUUGCCACCAGCUUUCCCUGCGCCGGCAGCAGGUGAGCGAGAAGCUGAAUGAGUGGGCCGUUUUCAAUGAGAAGAACAAGGAGCUGUGUGAGUGGCUCACACAGAUGGAGAGCAAAGUCUCUCAGAAUGGAGACAUCACUAUUGAAGAGAUGAUUGAAAAACUACGCAAGGACUACCAAGAGGAGAUCAGCGUCGCUCAGGAGAACAAGCAGCAGCUACAAACAAUGGGCGAGCGCCUGGCCAGAGCCAGCCAGGACAGCAAGGCGGCCGAGAUCCAGCACAAGCUCAGCAAAGUCAGCGAGCGCUGGCAGCACCUGCUGGACCUCAUUGCAGCCAGGGUGAAAAAGCUGCGGGAGACCCUGGUGGCGGUGCAGCAGUUGGACAAAAACAUGAGCAGCCUUCGUUCCUGGCUCUCCCACAUCGAGACCGAGCUCUCCAGGCCCAUCGUCUACGAAACCUGUGACAAGCAGGAGAUUCAGAGGAAGCUCAGCCAACAACAGGACCUGCAGCGGGACAUAGAGAAACACAGCACAGGCGUGGCGUCGGUGCUGAACCUGUGUGAGGUCCUGCUGCACGACUGCGACGCCUGCUCCACGGAGACGGAGUGCGACUCCAUCCAGCAGGCGACCAGAGGCCUCGACAGACGCUGGAGGAACAUCUGCGCCAUGUCCAUGGAGAGGAGACUCAAGAUCGAGGAGACAUGGAGGUUGUGGCAGAAGUUUCUGGAUGAUUUCUCCAGGUUUGAGGAUUGGCUAAAAACAUCAGAGAAGACAGCGGCCCUGCCCAACUCAUCCGGCGUUCUCUACACCGUCGCUAAGGAGGAGCUGAAGAAGUUCGAGGCUUUCCAGCGCCAGGUGCAGGAAUGUCUGACCCAGCUGGAGCUCAUCAACAAGCAGUACCGUCGCCUGGCCCGGGAGAACCGUACAGACUCCUCCCACCGUCUCAGAGAAAUGGUGCACGACGGGAACAGGCGAUGGGAUAACCUACAGAAAAGGGUGGCGGCCAUCCUUCGCAGGCUUAAGCACUUCAUCAGCCAGCGGGAGGAGUUCGAGACGGCGCGGGACAGCGUCCUGGUCUGGCUCACCGAGAUGGACCUCCAGCUGACCAACAUCGAGCACUUCUCUGAGUGCGACGUGCAGGCCAAAAUAAAACAGCUCAGAGCAUUCCAGCAGGAGAUCUAUCUGAACACGGCGAAGAUCGAGCUGGUGUUCCGGCAGGGCGAAGCUCUGAUCGAGAAGAGCGAACCUCUGGAUGCGGCCGUCAUCGAGGAGGAGCUGGAGGAGCUGCAGAGAUACUGUCAGGAGGUGUUCGGGCGAGUGGACAGAUACUACAAGAAGCUUACACGACUGCCUCUGGCGGACGACGAGCUCGACGGCUCAGACAGAGAGCUGGACGUGGAGGAAGGCGGAGACCUCUCCGAGCUGCAGUGGAGCGAGUCCCCCGUCCCGCGGCCAUCCAGCCGUCCGGCCUCGGGCACGGCGGCGCUGAUCCGGGCCGACCGCUCCGGCCGAGACACCCCGGCCAGCGUGGACUCGAUCCCACUGGAGUGGGACCACGACUACGACCUCAGCAGAGGCCUGGACAGUCCCGGAGGGCGGGGUAACGCGGAGAGCAGCCGAGGCCGCCAGGAGGAGGACGAAUAUCUGAGGACAAGCACCACCGUGCUGUCAGAUGUAGUUAUCCCAGACAGCCCAGAGGCCUAUAUAAAACUGACAGAGAACACUCUGAAAACAUCCUCUGGUGAGCCGGGCCAGCUGGAGGCCAGUCUGAGGCAGCUGGACCAGGCUCUGGACGCAGGACGCUACCACCUGCAGCAGAGAGAGGCCUCUGCGAACCGCUGCAGCCCAGACGUGGACUCCACCUACAUGGGCUACAUGCGCCUGAUGGGCGAGUGUCGCGGCAGCAUCGACGCAGUGAAAAGAGCCGAAGGAGAGCUGACCGAAGACGAGGACGACCUGCCGGGACUCACCAACCCGACCAGCACGGAGACGCAGAGCGCCGGCGUGAUCGAACGCUGGGAGCUGAUCCAGGCGCAGUCGCUGAGCGAGAAGCACAGACAGAAGCAGAACCUGCAGCAGUGGCAGCAGCUGAUCUCGGAGCUGCAGACCGUGAGGGCGUGGCUGGGUCAGUCGGAGGCCGAGCUCAGCCGGCUGCGGGGGCUGGACGUCAGCACCAACAUUCACACCAUCCAGCAGAGGAUCAAGAAGCUCAAGGAGCUGCAGAAAGGGCUGGAUGCUCACAAGUCAGAGGUCCUCUCCAUAAACCUGAGCAGCGCAGACUUCCUCCAGUCGGGGCCCGACUCCGACGAGGCCUGGGAGCUGAGGGAUCGGCUGAAGGAGAUGAACUCGCGCUGGGAUCGGCUCAGUACCUCGCUGGAAGACUGGAGGGAGGAACUGCAGAGGGCGCUGAUGCAGUGCCAGGAGUUCCACGAGAUGAGCCACGGUCUGCUGCUGUGGUUGGAGAACAUCGACCGCAGGAGGAACGAGGUGGUGCCUAUCUCUCAGAGCGCCGAUUAUGAAACAUUACGACAUCAUCACAAAACACUGAUGCACAUCCAGUGCGAGCUGCUGGACUCGCAGCAGAAAGCUUCCUCUCUCCAGGAGCUCUCCAUCCAGCUGCUGGUCAACACCAGGCCUCCGGCGCUGCAGGCGUCCGAGCAGAACCAGUCCCAGGGCAGCGAGUGUCUGGAGGCCCAGGAAAAGGUCCACGUUAUCUGGAACCGGCUGAGACUCCUUCAGCGGGAGGUCGGCUCCGACCUGGAGCUGCUGGAGAAGAGACUGGAGGCCAUGGAGCCCCACCAGGAUUACCUAUCAGGACCUACCAGAAAGUCCCAAACACGUGGAUCGCCGAGUCCCAGGACAGAAAAGGCCAUUCAGAGGCGAAAGCAAUUGCCUCGAAGCAAAAGUAGUCAGGCCCACCCAGGACACGCUGAGAGCGGCCCGCGCCACAGCCGGAGCAGAUCACCAGGCGCCGCUGGCUGCGUUUCCUCCCGUUCUGACCUCCCAGACGGCGUCUCCUCACAGUCCUCCUCCACCUCCUCCUCCUCUUCCUCAAACUACCAGUCCUUCCUGCUGCGGGUCUUGAGGGCCGCGCUCCCCGUCCAGCUGCUCCUGCUGCUCCUCAUCGGCCUGGCCUGCCUCGUGCCCAUGACGCAGGAGGACUACAGCUGCCACCACGCCAACAACUUUGCCCGCUCCUUCCAUCCGAUGCUGCGCUACACCAACGGACCUCCGCCCAUAUGAGGAGCGGCGCACUUCUUCAUCUACCUACUUCUUUGCCAAGGACUCCUCUGAAUGUUUCCUCUUCACUUUGUGCCCUCAAGCAGUAAACUUUUCGACCUGCGUUACGAAGUAUUUCUCUCAUUAACGUUGCACACACACACACACACACCCCUCUACCCUUUAAAGAAGCGGACCUUCAUAUGGACAGUGCUCUUCCUCAGUCCAAAUAUUUCUGUUUUAACUUAAAUGUGUAUAUAUUUUUUUUAAAGAAACGUGUGAAAUCAUUUAAACGAACAAAGCACUAUUUAUAUAAUGUAUGUUGGGAGCCAAAGUCAGCCAUGCUUUUUUUGUCCAUGAUACCCAGUGCUGCUAGUAUUUAUUUAGUGUUCAGUCGGCUGGUAGCUGAUUAAGCUAAAGCUUGACCUCCAGUGUGGGAUAUUUGUACCUUUUAAACUGUAGAGUAGCCUUGCAGUUUGAGUAGCAAUCAUUCAGCGUCUUGGUGUGAAAAGGUUCAUCACAGAAAGACACAUAUUGAGGAUCUCCUCCGACGUAAAAGAAAGAAAACUGACUGAAACAGCACAGAAGCCCCCUCUGAAGAUUGGGGGUGUAGCGUAGUUUGUUUAAAAAUAACCUGCCUGACUCUUAAAAUGAAGAUUUCACAUUUUGAAGCAAAAAAAACAACUUUUUUUUAAAGCACUGUUAAAAAAAAAAAAAAAAAAAAAAGGUACAGCACUGAAGCUCUCCUGUACAGGUAAAGCUUGCCUCUUUUUUUUUCUUAAAUCAGUUGGGAAAGCUUAUGAAAAAAAAAUAAUUACAAAUUAGCUUUCUUAAUUGAAUUGAAAAAAGAAAGAAAUCACUUGCUUUGUAAAUUACGGUUUAAAAUGCCUUUGAACAGAGGCGGGGGAUUUUUUUUUAUCCUUUGUUUGAGCAUGCACUUGAAGGUUUCCUGCGUUUUAACAAAGCCAAACAAUCACUGCUAGUGUUUUAGUAGAUGGCUGUGAACAUGAUAAAGUGUGCUUUGUAAUAACCGUCUAAUUACUCCAGAAACACUGCAUUGUGAAAACCAAUUCUGUAAAAAAAAAAAGAAAAAUGAUGAAAAUUGUUAUUUAUGUAUGUACAGUUUGGAAGAUUACUCUCUUUUGCAAAUAAUAAAACAUGAAAUAUUUA